AUGGCUUCUUUAUUGCCUGCUUUGCGACAGGCUGCUCCGAAGCUCACCAGGCAAUUCUUCCAAUGCUCGCACUGUCGAUGUCUCCCUCGAGUGGCGACCCGAACUGACAUCUUCAAGGAGGCGUCUCCCAAGUAUAUAAGAGCUUCCGAGUCUAGCACAAGACGAGUGUCAUCAACAGCUUCGGGCAAUUCUGCAGCAGAAACAAGCUCUUCAUCGACGUUGUCAUCCUUGAACAGGACGAGUGGACAAAAGGCAAAGACGAAAACCCGCUUCUUCCCCAAUAAAAGCGACAAGUCCGUGGCGUAUUGGCUACUAGGGAGUGCCGCAAGCGUGUUUGGGAUUGUGGUGUUUGGAGGCCUGACACGGCUGACAGAGUCUGGCCUAAGUAUUACAGAAUGGAAGCCAGUAACGGGCAGCUUGCCCCCAGCAACCGAAGAGGAUUGGGAGUCUGAGUUCAACAAGUACCGGUCAUCUCCGGAGUUCAAGAUGCUCAACCCGAACAUGACUUUAUCGGAAUUCAAGUCGAUUUACUAUAUGGAAUGGACACACAGACUCUGGGGCCGCUUUGUUGGAUUGUCAUUCGCCAUCCCAGCGCUAUACUUCAUUGCACGGAGAAAAGUCUCGGGGCCCAUGGCAUUGAGGAUCACAGGUAUUGCAGGCCUCAUAGGCUUUCAGGGGGUGCUUGGCUGGUGGAUGGUAAAGUCUGGGCUCAAGGAUGAUUUAUUUGCCACGGGAAGUCACCCGCGUGUCAGCCAGUAUCGACUUGUUGCGCACCUGGGCACCGCAUUCCUUUGCUACUGUGCUAUGCUUUGGAAUGGCUUGUCUAUCCUUCGUACGCAUAAGCUGCUGGGCAAUCUUCAAGUGGCAGAGGCCAGUCUCCGAAGGCUGAGAAACCCAAGACUUCGCAUCUUUAGAUCGUCCGUAGGGGCGCUUGCUGUGCUGGUCUUCAUUACUGCCAUGUCCGGAGGGCUUGUUGCUGGUCUUGAUGCGGGCCUGAUAUACAAUGAAUUUCCCUACAUGGGACUUGGGUUGACGCCUCCAAAGUCUGAGCUCUUCUCAGACUUCUACUCGCACACACCCGACAACAGUGAUAUCUGGUGGCGUAACCCACUCGAGAAUCCAUCUCUGGUGCAACUAGACCAUCGGAUACUGGCAACUACGACUUUUACAUCCGUGAUGGCACUAUGGGCCUACUCUAGAUUUUCUAGCAAUGUCCGGACCAUUCUACCUGGCCCCGCCAGGAAAGGAGUUCACGGGGUCGUGGGAUUCGUAUUCCUACAAGUAGUCCUAGGCAUCAGCACUCUGAUCUAUCUGGUUCCGCUGCCGUUAGCAUCAGCACACCAAGCGGGAAGCCUAGCGCUACUGUCUUACGUCCUCAUACUGGGAAGUAGGUCUUGGCUCCCCAAUCGACGGGUCUCAACGCUCCUGGCCAAAAGAUUCGCGACCGCUAAAAUGACCCCGAAGAGGUCGGUUCAAUCAAAACUACGCAUGCGUAAACAGAACAGCGCUUCUGAAGGAGCACAGAAGACCGCAGUGGUCUGA